UCUACAGCAGAAUAAACUUCUUGUCACUUAAUCGAUAACUCUAGGGCGUUGGACUGUUGUUUCUUAUUUUGCUGCCUCAUAAAUCCAUUCAAAACCGAUGGAUUGUCGUCAUAAGUGUUUGCAUGUUACAGCACGACGGGCAUCAAAGAUCUCGGUUUAACAGGUCCUUAUGUCUUUUUGACAAGUAGGUGUGAGAGUUUGGGUUUCAGCCUCUGUGAAAGCUUGAUGUCGCCGAUAACCAAUUAAUGCGGAUUAUCCUCACUUGCGCGUCCCACUAUUGUAUGAAACGGGCUCAGCCAAGUGGCUCGAGAGUUUAUCUAUUGUCUGACCAUUAAAUCAGUGCUGUUCUUAAAGUGAUUUUGAUUGGCUCAUGAUUUGCGGUUUCUGCAAUUAAUCUUUUCACGAAAGCCGAUAUGAAGUCACAUUUCCAUACAGAAAUAAUUGCAAAAGGCAUCGAAAGUAGUUAGAAACAAAGCAUAAUUUUCCCAUGCCCAUUAAUCUAUGCCUACAUUCCUUUAUCCCCUAAGGAUAUCUUUUUUUUUUUUUUUUUCACUCGUUGGGUCUCGUCUUAACAGUUUUGAAUUUUGCAAAACAUUCGACUGGUCUUCCUUGUUGGAGAAAAAGCUGUUAUAUGGGAACUGACGAGGCCAACACAUAAACCUAAAUUCCGACCUAUAAACGUAACAUAUGCCUUACACUACAUCAUAUUUGAUGGUGACAGGGUUGUGAAUUAUCAACAGAAAUUGGCCUAAACAUAAGUGUUAUGUUCCAAUUUCGUACUAGAUUCUUUUGGUUCUAUUCUUUAUAUGGUCCUUUUUGAAUAUUUUUCUUUUCUUAAAUUAUGCUAUUUUCUGACAUGAGCUAACAGAGAAGCAUUAUAACAUUUAGAAUUUAAUUCCCAAGUUAGUCCCAAGAUCUCUAUGAAAAAUUACAAAAAGUAUCCAUUGAAUGUUGAGAAAUAUUUAAGGGAAAUGGGAUGCGCCUGCAAAUUCAAUGGAAAAUGCUACAUCUGACAUUCAGAAUGCCGUGUAUUGUCCAAAUGAACUACACAACAGCUCUAUUAAACAACAGACAUUAUGCUCAUCCAUGUGUAGAACACUGUACACAUUAACACAGCCUAAUUGGAUCUUAUUAUGCGUCUAUAAUAAUAAUAAUAAUAAUAAUAAUAAUAAUAGUAGUAGUAGUAGUAGUAGUAGUAGUAGUAGUAGUAGUAGUAGUUACACCACAUAACUUAAAUGUUCGUAGAUGGGAAAAGCAGAAUAUAAUGAGCAGAAUAAAGGGGCUAUUAAGCGUCACUUUGAAGUGCGGCUGCUGUACUGUUUCCUAUGUCUGAACAAAUCGCCAUCGAAUCACUAGAUUUCACAGUGAAAUGUCAAAGUUGGAAAAAGCCUGUCAUUCGAAGUCGGCGACAGGUAUAAGUACCGUGGUCAUUCGAGCCUGUCGUCAAUUGCUUCGAUCUCUUUAUGGAUUACUUCAUCAGUAUUUGAGCCUUGGGUCACUGAAAGAGGGCAUCCCGGCAGACUCGGACUCACUAGCGUCAAUGGGCUUUUGCCAGCUCCUCGCAUCUUUGGUCCUGUCUGUAUGCUGUCAUGUAUUGUCCACAACAGCAUGGUCAGUGAAUAACUUCCUGAUGACAGGACCCAAGGCAUAUCUUAUGUAUGCAAGUAGCGUGCAAGCAGGGGCACAGCGCGGCAUUGAGGAGUGUAAAUACCAGUUUGCAUGGGACAGGUGGAACUGUCCGGAGAGCGAAUUACAACUGUCAACGCAUAAAGGAUUGCGAAGGGCAACCAAAGAAACGGCUUUUGUACAUGCCAUAAGUGCGGCUGGAGUUAUGUAUGCAUUGACCAAGAACUGCAGCAUGGGAGACUUCGAUAACUGUGGCUGUGAUGAGUCAAAAACUGGGAAAAAUGGAGGUCGAGGUUGGAUUUGGGGUGGAUGCAGUGAUAAUGCUGAGUUCGGGGAGAGCAUUUCUAAGCAGUUUGUAGAUGCGCUGGAAAAUGGGCACGAUUCACGCGCUGCCGUAAACCGUCAUAACACCGAGGUUGGCAGACUUGCUAUUAAAGCGACGAUGAAGAGAUCAUGCAAGUGUCACGGCGUGUCAGGAAGCUGCAGCGUUCAAACGUGUUGGUUGCAACUGUCUGACUUCAGGGACGUUGGUAACUACCUGAAAAUCAAAUAUGACCAGGCACAGAAGCUUGAGUUGGACCAGCGACGCAUGCGCGCUGGGAACAGUGCUGAGAACCGAGGCGCAAUCGCAGACACGUUCAGCAGCAUCGCGCGCACCGAGCUCAUUCACCUGGAGGACUCUCCAGAUUACUGCGUGAAAAAUCUAAGCCUCGGACUGCACGGGACUGAAGGCAGGGAGUGUGUGCAGAGUGGCAAUAAAUUGUCGCAGUUUGAAAAGCGAAGCUGCAGAAGGCUGUGCCACGAAUGUGGCUUAAAAGUAGAGGAAAGGAGGAUAGAGAUCGUGAGUAGCUGUAAUUGCAAAUUCCACUGGUGCUGUACGGUGAAGUGUGAGAAGUGCACACAAUUCGUAACAAAACACAACUGUGCUAAAAGGAACAAUCAGUCACAUAAUAGUUCACGAAGGAGGCAGCGUGUACGUAGUUAAUCCCCCUGACCAUCUAUAAAAUCCAAAGUGUAAAUUUGUCACAUUGACGAUUAUUUUAAAGCUGACAUCAAGAAAAUGAAAUUCCUAACUCUGAAUAAUUACAAGUACUUAUGUUCUAUAUGUGCACUUUUUGUUCUUAAUAUCAGCUCACCGAUUUGGUUGCUAAACCUUCAAUAAUUGUUCCUUAUUUUGAACACAAACGUCUUAAUUUCCUGACACAUAUUGCUUGUCAAUGUUUACUGCACAAAGGGUUAAAUGUUUUCGUCUCUUUUUGUCUUUAAGUGUAAAUUAUAUUUUAAAUUCAGAAAGCAUUAAAUAUUUUG